AUGUCGAAUCCCAACUUCAUCGUCCACGACUCCGAAGCCGAAUCUGACGAUGCAAUCCCGGAUGAGCACCAUCAAAACCGACAGCUACAGCCAGCCGCUGACGCUCCCUUCCUUUCGGAAUCCACCAACCCCGCCAGCACCGAUGAAAUCCAGCGGGAAGGGAUCGAUAAAGCGCAUGCAGCGCUUCCCUCGACUGGCACGAUAGCCCCACAGGUCCCUGCCGACCCUCUAUCAGAAAGGACGAAAGCGAAGCGACGGCAGACUACAGAUGGGAGGUUAGAGAAGGAUAUAUACGCUUUCGAUGCGUCAGAGGAGGAUGAAGACGCUCGCCCAAACAAACGGAAGCGGCCGCUACCAGCCGAGAAGAAGAAUAAGACGACAUUCAACAGAGACGACUACGAGACUGUCAGUGACUACGGUGACGGGAGGAAGAAGCCCAGCAGUAAGAAGAAGCCGGCAAAGCGGGCAAAGUCUACUGGUGGCAUGUCAAUUAUAGACUCUAACGGAUCCGACGAGGAUGAUUGGCGGCCCAGUAUGGCGAAAACCCCGACAUUGGGGAGGAAAUCUACAAGGAAUAAUACGCAUGAAGUGGAUUUAUUGCCGCCGCUGCCAAAGCCGAAAAGGAAACCCAAGGAAUCUCCGAGGAUAACUACUACUUCUACUACGGGUCUGGAAUUUGAUGGGGACCUCACUCUCAACUUCAAUCGGAGCACUGAGUUCCAAGUUACUGGGACAGAAGGGCCAACCCCACCAACGCCACAUAAUUUCAUGGUAGAUCUUAGUAAGGACCAUCUAGUCCUCCCCGAGGAGCGUCGCGCGGAGUACGACCCUGUUCCAGUGUUGUACUCGUCCACGGAACUACCGGAGAAUCCACCUGGCAAUGGCGCCUACGGUACACCAGACCUACUCAGUACAAUUCCCGACCCCCCAUAUGAUCCCUCGCUGCUCAGUACGAUUCCAGACCCCCCAUAUGAUCCCUCACUGCGGUCAUCACAGAUCGAGUUUCAACAUUUGGAUCCCCCACAUGCAGCUCCUCUAGCAGCUGCACCAGCACCUUCCGACAGCACACUAUCAUCUCUCCAGAACAGCCCGCCUCAGGAUAAGCCACCAGCAAAAAAAGCAAAAAAGCGUGCCGCAACAGACCAGAAUCUUGAUUUUACCGCAGAUAACGGCUUCGGCGCAUUCCCAAUUGCCUCCGAGUGGCGCGCAGCAAAGGGGAAAGCCAGGCAAGGGAUGUCACAAGCUGCUCCACGUCGCAAGACAAUGAACGACUUUGACCCCGAAUCAGGAGACGAUGACGCCUGGGUUGGCGAGGUAAAAAACACAAAGAAAAAGAAACCUGUAGCGAAGAAGCGGAAAUCUGCAGUGGUUGAAGAGGAUGGGGGCACAGAGGUGCAAAAGCAGAAGGCGAAGGCAAAGAGAAGUAAAAGCAAGCCAAUUGAGACUGUGACGAUCUCAGACUCCGAGGAUGAGUUAGCGGUGCAUCCUACAGUGAGACGAUCAGCCACAGUUCAAGUUUCUGGUACUAGUUCUCGCAAAGAUGCGACAGCAAUUAUGGUAGGCACCAAGACGGAUGUCACUCCAAACCCUGGAGAGGAGUUCUCGGGCUCCAUUGCAGUGACUAAUAGUCUUCCAUCGGUUGAGCCCAGUGAAGACCAACUCAUGCCUAAGCCCAAAAAAGUACACAAAUGGCAAAUGCUCAAGAAGCAGGCCGUCACAGGAAGCAAUGAGAGUGGAUCUCCUCUGUCUUCCAUCUCAGUCAUGAACAUGAAUGAUGCCCCUCUUCCCCCUCCCUCUUCUCCUCCAGUCCCUGUGCCCCUCGAACCAAAGGAAAACCCAGAGCCUAAAAAGAAUCUCCCUGCGCAAAGACGCAAGAGCAAGAAGGAAGACUCUGAUGAAGAAGAUUGGGACGGCGAUCUGGAGCCCAAGAAAAAUCAGAAGAAGGAAACCAAGCCUAAGGCCCCACGUGCGACCAAGAAAGCAGCUGCAGCAAGGGAGGAGAAGGCGCGGUUGUCCAACGAGAUGGUGAAGGAUUCUGAUGAUGACGGGGAGAACGUGGAGGAUCUUGCUCAAGCGGAGCCCGUGAAGAAGGCACCUACAAAGAAGGAGCCUAAACUCUCUAGAGCUGCGGCAGCUAAGGCAAAAAGAGAAAAGGAGAGGAUAGAGGCAGAGGCAGAAGAGACCGCCGACGAAGAGGACGGGGAGAAGAAGGAGGCUGCUCCACCACCGCCGCCGCCGCCACCACCGCGGCAGCCUCUCAAGGUAGAGACGCAGCCCGAAACACCGAGCAAGAAGCCUGCGGAGAAGGGGAAGUCCAAGACCCUGCAUAGUCCGAUUAAUAAGGGGCCUGUUAAGUUCCGAGUUGGGCUGAGUAGGAGGGCACAUAUUGAGCCGUUGCUGAAGAUCAUAAGGAAGUAA